AUGAGUGAAGAGAAUGAGAUGUCAAGUAUCUGGGUAUUACCAGAGGCAUGCAUAUCACAUAUAUUCUCAUUUACAUCCCCAAAAGAUGCAUGUAUUGCAUCCACUGUUUCUACGGGAUUAAAAUCUGCUGCUGAAUCUGAUUUAGUGUGGGAGCAGUUUCUUCCGUCGGAUUAUCAAGAUAUUAUUGCAAGAUCGGUUUCUCCGCUGGUUUAUUCUUCCAAAAAGGAACUUUAUUUUCAUCUUUGUGAUUCUCCUAUCCUCCUUGAUGGUGGCAAACUGAGUUUUAGACUGAGCAAGUCGAGUGGAAAGAAGUGUUUUAUGUUGUGUGCAAAGGAACUCAACAUUGCAUGGAUAGAAACUCCACGGUACUGGAAUUGGAAGACUCUUACAGAAUCAAGAUUUGCUGAGGUAGCAGAAUUAUUGAGUGUUUGCUGGCUUGAUAUUCAUGGCAAAAUGCAAACUCAAAUGUUGUCUUUGAAGACUAACUACACCGCAUAUCUCGUGUUCAAACUCCUAGAAAAUUCUUACGGGCUUGACUCGCCGUCAAAGGCAUCUGUCAAACUUGUUCAACAAGGCAUAGGACAUGUUGAAGGUGAGAACAACACUGUGUAUUUAAAAGAACCAACGCUCAGACAAGGACGUUGGAUUGAAGUUGUUCAAAGUAUCUAUGGUCGGAUGCCGAAAGAAAGAAGGGACACGUGGAUGGAGAUUGAAUUGGGAGAUUAUUUCAAUGACGAAGGCGAUGAAGGUGAUAUUCAAAUGCAACUGUUGGAGACUGAGCUGCUAGGUUGGAAGCAUGGCCUUAUUAUUGAAGGGAUUGAACUUCGGCCAAAGGAAGAAUAG